AAUGUACGGAGUAUAGCUUUGGAUUAAACUAUCAUAAGGACGUUCAGUAUGCUUCAAAAUCAAAACAAACCAUUUUCAUAGAAUGUCUAUGAGAAUAAGAUGGGUUUAAUAACAUCAAAAGAAUAUAAAUCCUGCAACAAGAGAAUGAUGUAAGUCGAAGAGAGAUGAGAGGUAGAGAGAGAGAGAGAGCUUGGGGACGAAGAACACAAGGUAAACAGAUAUCACAACAAUAUGAGAGGUUCAGAUUUGACGAUAGGAGACGAUUCCAACAGGAGGUGGGAGGGUAUGACAAGAGAGUUUACAACCAGGCAAUCCCUUUCCUUUUCGCAAACUUUCCAGAAGAAUGGUCAUUUGAACAGAUGUGGCAUACAUUUAACAGAAUAGGCCUGGGAAGGAAUGAAGUUGAUCUAGAAAGAAAGUUAAAUGAAGUAAGAAUAGGGAACCAGGUCUUACAAGCUAACAAACCAAGACCAUCAUAUGCUGAGGUAGUUAAAGUAGUUAAUAGCAGGAUGGAAGAAAGGCCCAAUAAGGAAAGAAGGGAAGAAGGAACAGAGCAAAAGUAUGGAAGCAAUGGAGUCGGCACCUUUGGAGCUCAGCAAAGGCAAUGGAAAUCGAAACAGCAACACCAUCAUUGGUCAGGCAUGGAGUUGAACUUUGAUCUGGAGGAAUAUGCAUGGCUAGAAAAAUGCUUUGUGGGUACAGUGCACUCAGUGAACUCGAUACCUAAUUUGCAAGAGAAAUUCUUCAUGGAAGGGGUUUUCUUUUGCAACAUUAGACCAAUGGGACGUAGAUUAGUGUUAUUAGAAGGCCAGGAUUAUGAGGAUUUGAAGGAGCUGGUUGAUACUGGAAAAGAUUGGUUGGGGAAUUGGUUCGAAGACGUGAAGCCAUGGACACCUACUGUGGUAGCAGCGGAGAGGUUUGCUUGGAUCCGAUGUCAGGGUCUCCUAGCGCAUGCUUGGAAGUCGGAGACCUUCGAAACCUUCGGAAGAUUAUGGGGGAACUUUGUAACUUUAGAUGAUAGCACGAUCAGCAAGAAGAGAUUCGACGCUGCAAGAUUCCUAAUCACGACACCAUCCACAAAAUCUAUCUCCAGAGAAGAAGAUGAUGAAGGAAGCAGCUCUUCAAACAAUCAGAACGAGGUAGAUUCCGACUUUGACAAGAACAUGUUCAAACAGUUCGAGCAUCAGACACCGGGGAUUGAAGGCGAUGAGGUGGAAGGCAUGGAGGAUGAUGUGGCAACAACAAAUAUGGGGGAUGGAAAGGAGAAUGAGGUGGCAUGUCAAAACGCUGAGGUGGAUAUGCAUAUCGAUGAGGUGGAAGGCAGCAAAAGGAAUGAGGACAAGGAAGCUAGUAUAGGAACCGAGAUCAUUCAGGAAACAGAGGGUAUGGGUGAUUUCACAACGAGGCUUGAUGAUUUAAAUUCAAAUAUCCAACGAGUGGGAGAAACAAGAAGGAUUGUGGCGGAUCCAGAUUUGGUGAACAAUAAAGUUGACCGAGGAGACUUCGAAAAUGACAAUAUCUCGAUCAACGACAGCAGCAUCCAGAACUGUAAUAAAAGCAUCGAAACAAGAAAUAGAAAACGAAACAUGGAAGCUCUGUGGUCACGGGUGAAAGAAUUUGGGGUGAACGCACAAGGAGAGGAGAUUUCGAUGCUACGGAAACUCGAAGAAAUGGAAAGCCGUGACAAAGCAAGAUGGAGAAAGGAGGAAGAAAAGAAGAAUAGAAAAGGAGACUAGGUGAUGUCCCACUUCCCAUGAUCUUAUUGUCUAUUAAUAUUAGAGGAUUAUGGGGGAUAGGUAAGAAAAGGGAGAUCCGGGAAAUGGUAGCUAAACAGAAAGUUGAUAUUUUGUUUAUUCAAGAAACUAAAAUGGAGAAAGUAGAUAAAAGGUUUUGUAGAAU